UACAGCAUCGGUCUCUCUCUCUUUAAUCUCUUUUUUGUCAGCAGUCCGUGCUGCCUCUUUCUCUUUCUAUGGAGACAAUCAUAUUCUCUACAAUUUACUGUUCUUCCGCAGUGAUUUCCUUGCAUUACCUUCAUCUAUAUGGAACAUUUCCAUCAAAAAUGUUGUGUCUCCACUGAGCAGCCCCCUGUGUGCCACCUCUCUAUCGGACGGCAGGAUCUUGUUGGAUUCUAAAAGGGGUAGAACGGAGUUUUAUUCCCCCCUCGAAUUGCCCAUACAUUCUGACCGUACCUCGGAAAGUCGGGGCGGCAGGACCGAAGCCGUACAAUGCAGAUACCGCAAAGGCAGGCACAUAAAGGAGGAAUUGAAAGUGGGAAAUAGUUAAACCAGUGGACAGCUUAAGGGAAAGAACCACGUUCUGCUACUCAUAAAAAAAGGAUAGGACUUACAAACAACACAAGAACACAGCCGAGAUCCAGAAUCGCACUCAUGGCAUGUGUCAAUGCCAUGAUUGUUGAGCUGAUUGGUGGGUCUGUUGUUUAUCAUAUUUUCAUUACAGCCUGAGGGCAGGGUUUCACCUUGGCUGCGGGAGAAGGAGUACAUACUGUGAAUUCAACCAUCUCUGCCAACCGCAGCUGGACCAUGUCACGGCUCGGAGGAACCACAUGGAUACCUCUCAGCAUGAUUCAUUCGCUGGCUACUCUACGCCUUUUUACAUGGAUUGUGCUUGCAGCUGCAUGGGUGUCUAAAGCAUGGGCACAACAGCACCCUAUUGUCACAACAAACUACGGCAAGCUGAGAGGCUUAAAAACAGCUCUACCCAAUGAGAUUCUUGGGCCUGUGGAACAAUAUCUGGGGAUUCCUUAUGCCCUUCCACCCACAGGGGAGAGAAGGUUUCAGCCCCCUGAGCCUCCCAUGUCCUGGCCAGGGAUUCGAAAUGCCACACAGUUUGCCCCUGUUUGUCCUCAGUUUCUGGAAGACAGGUUUUUACUCAAUGAUAUGCUACCCGUAUGGUUCACGGCCAACUUGGAUACUGUUGUUACCUACGUACAAGAUCAAAGUGAAGACUGUCUGUAUCUAAACAUUUAUGUACCCACAGAGGACGACAUCCAUGAUGAGAAUGGACUGAGGCCAGUCAUGGUAUACAUUCAUGGUGGGUCAUACAUGGAAGGUACGGGGAACAUGAUCGAUGGCAGCAUUCUGGCCAGUUAUGGAAAUGUCAUCGUGGUGACCCUGAACUACAGGCUGGGGGUGCUGGGGUUCCUGAGCACAGGUGAUCAGGCAGCCAAAGGGAAUUAUGGGCUGUUGGACCAGAUCCAGGCACUCCGGUGGAUCAAAGAGAACAUUCAGGCUUUCAAAGGCGACCCGAAGAGGGUGACUAUAUUUGGAUCAGGAGCUGGGGCCUCUUGUGUAAGCUUGCUGACUCUGUCACACUAUUCAGAAGAUUUGUUUCAGAAAGCAAUCAUCCAAAGUGGGACUGCUCUGUCAAGCUGGGCUGUCAACUACCAGCCGGCUAAAUACACGCGCAUCCUGGCUGAGAAGGUGGGAUGCAAUAUGCUAGACACUAUAGAUUUGGUAGAAUGUCUGCAGAACAAAAACUACAAGGAGCUGAUAGAGCAGUACAUCACACAGGCCAAGUACCACAUCGCUUUUGGGCCAGUUAUUGAUGGUGACGUCAUCCCUGACGAUCCACAAAUACUGAUGGAACAGGGAGAGUUCCUCAACUAUGACAUAAUGCUAGGUGUCAACCAGGGGGAGGGUUUUAAAUUUGUAGAUGGCAUCGUGGACAGCGAGGACGGUGUCUCUGCAAACGACUUUGACUUUGCUGUGUCUGAUUUUGUGGACCACCUCUACGGUUAUCCAGAGGGCAAAGACACGCUUCGAGAGACCAUCAAGUUUAUGUACACCGAUUGGGCUGACAAGGAGAACCCAGAGACCAGGCGAAAAACUUUGGUCGCACUUUUUACCGAUCACCAGUGGGUGGCUCCAGCGGUGGCAACAGCAGAUCUGCACGCGCAAUAUGGAUCUCCGACGUACUUUUACGCCUUCUAUCACCAUUGUCAGAGCGAAAUGAAACCUAGUUGGGCGGAUUCGGCACAUGGAGAUGAGGUGCCCUACGUGUUUGGAAUUCCCAUGAUUGGUCCCACGGAUCUCUUUAACUGCAAUUUUUCCAAGAAUGAUGUCAUGCUGUCAGCUGUGGUAAUGACCUACUGGACGAAUUUCGCAAAAACAGGGGAUCCAAACCAGCCAGUUCCACAAGACACCAAAUUCAUCCACACUAAGCCUAACCGCUUUGAGGAAGUAGCCUGGUCUAAAUACAACCCCAAGGACCAGCUCUACCUACACAUUGGGCUGAAGCCAAGGGUGAGGGAUCACUAUCGUGCGACUAAGGUUGCCUUCUGGUUGGAGCUAGUACCUCAUCUUCAUAACAUCAAUGAACUAUUUCAGUAUGUUUCAACCACGACUAAGAUACCCCCUCAGGAUACUACCCCUUUUCCUUAUACUAAGAGACUAGGUAAAACAUGGCCGUCCACCACACGCCAUCCUGGAGUCCCUCCUGCCAACACCAAACAAACAACAGACCAGCGUAAAGGCAAUGAUUUGAGUGAUGACUCAGCAGUGGUGAUUGAGACAAAGCGAGAUUAUUCCACUGAACUCAGUGUGACUAUUGCGGUUGGUGCCUCCCUCCUGUUCCUUAACAUUCUGGCCUUUGCAGCACUCUACUACAAGAAGGAUAAGCGACGACAUGAGUCCAACCGACGAGGGCCCAGCCCACAGCGAAACUCUGCACCGGCUAAUGCAGCAGCUAAUGCUAAUGACAUAGCACAUCUGCAGAGUGAGGAGCUUAUGUCACUUCAGAUGAAACAGCAGCAAAUGGAGCAUGAGCACGAGCACGAGCACCAUCAUGAGUGUGAUUCUCUCCAAGCCCAUGACACGCUUCGUCUUACCUGCCCGGCAGAUUAUACACUUACUCUGCGACGGUCACCUGAUGACAUCCCGCUCAUGACGCCAAGUACCAUAACAAUGAUUCCAAACUCACUGGCCGGAAUGCAACCUCUGCACAAUUUCAACACCUUUGGAGGUAGCCAGAACAGUACCAACCUGCCCCAUGGGCACUCCACCACCAGGGUAUAGCUCUGUGCUGUGCACUGGAAGCGGACUGAAAUGAGCUUUUUCAGAACUACAUGGUCUGCUGAAGCAUGGGUUAACAACCUUUGUUUGUCAUGGCGAACUGAGCUGACUUUGUUCCACUCUGAGACUUAUCUUGGUGGAUGAAAUGUUAUUUUCCUAUGAAGCCUUGUUGCAGAAUAUAUCAACUUUAAAAAUAUCCUACUUGCGAAAAAAUGAAUGUUACUAAAGUAAUACUUUAUUUGGAGCCAGGCUUGAUAAAGGCAAAGGACUUUACACCAGAAGACAAGAGGAACUCUUUCUGAGGAACUGUUUUGCUUGCAUAGAGAACAUAUAAACACAAACAAUAAAAGGGUUAUAAAGGAUCUGACUAAACUUUGUAUGUGCCAUACCUUAUGUCAUACUCCAAGAGCAACAAAGAGCAAUGUAAUUAUGUGAGAAGUAUAUUUCAAACGUUAUUUUCCGAGUGUUGUCACAUACAGAACAUGUGGACUUAAAAAUCCCAGCCUGAAAUGUAAUUAUAACAAAAUUUGUAAAGGUGAUAAAAAUGUAAAUACUCUUGAGUCAAUACAAAUAUUAAAAUAAUUACAAAAGCUUUUAUUGCUAUUUAGUUCAAAAUAUGACUAUUAAUGAGCUUACACUUUUUUUAGGGUAUGUGUAAAUAUAUAUAAUUAUCUUUUAUUGUUUUAUUUUAUUUAUUAUUAUCUUUUUUUAUUUCAUGUCUGUGCUAAACAGCUUUUACACAGAAAAAUAAAAUAAAAGAAGAUAGCUUUCUUAUUCCAAAGCCUCUUAAUAUCCGUUUCAAUCAUCUGAAUGUUCUUUUGUCCCAGUCCUUAAUGAAUAUUGCAUGUUUCAGUGUUGCUUUACAUUUGAUGACCCCCACAGUGACCCCUUACAAAUCGUAAAAAUGAAAGAUUGCCUCUAAUUACAUUGCAGUGCUGGGCUAAAUUGCCAAUUCAAGCUGUCCAGAGACUUAUUUUUAACAUUUGUCUCAUUUUGCUUAAUCUUAGUGUUUUGAUGGAGGGGGGUUGUCUCAAAUCAGAGCAACUUCUACCCACCCAAAUUUGCUUUACAUGCAUAAAUUUCUCUAUUUUUAAAAUGUUUUUGUUCUGUAUCAUCACUGCCUGAGCUUCAUAUGUGACCAGCAUUGUAUUCUUAAAAAUAUCUAUAAAGAAAUAAUCCAGGCAGUGAAUUUGGAUAUCUUUAUUAGUUGGAUAUGUUUGUAAAGAAGUAAAUGUUAGAUAUUUCUAUUCGUAACAUGCUAGCAAUAUGUAAAGUACUGUGCCAGGCUUGUGAUAUUUUGGGUUAAAACGUAAGCGAAUGAGUGUAAAUAAAUAAAAAUAUGAUUACUAUAAAUAAAUACACGGAAAUAAAAUAAAUUAACCCUUAAUUUACCCUAUAACAAAAGAUGUUGAAAGCGGAAGAAAAAAAAUGAAGUUUAUAAAUGCUAAAUGGGAGUUUAUAAAGUUACAUUUGUAUAUAAAAUCAUUAUUCAUUUUAGCCCUUGGUUCAGUAUAACAGGGGUAAAGUGUAGGACUCUUAAUAAUAGUUUGUCUUAUAUUGUUUGCUGUUUUUGCCUUAAGUGAUAGAUAAUAUUUCUGGCUGGACACCUGUAUAAAUUUUUCUGCAGCAUUUUUAAUAAAGUAUCACAGUAUUUU